CUCUGACUCUGUGUAGACGCUUUCCCUAGAUUGUGAUUUGUGCGGAAUUGUGAUAGACAAAAAUGUUGCGGUUAUUUCUGAAUUUCGAGUUUGGUGAUCAAAAAUUGAUUGAAAACACUUACAAAUCGGAGAAAUAAUUGAAACAAUCGUUUUUAAAAGUUCGUAAAAUCCAUAAACCUUGCUAUAGUGUUCUUAUUAUCGUAAUUAUUUCUAAUCUGAACCAAUAGUACAAUCAUAGCACGAGAAUAUUAUGUAACUUACAUUCGGUAAACAUUCUAGCAUUUUUUUGAAGAAAUAUUUAUAUAGCCUCCAGUUUGUUAUGCUCUUCAAUUUACAAUGAGUUCGAACAACGUGGAAAAUAAAGCGGAACCUACAUCCGAAGUUGAUAAUGCAGAAUCCACUGCCAAAACAGAGGCUGAUUCUGGCGCCGAAAGUGUUUCUGAAAAAAGUGAAACUGCAGUUGAAACCUUGCCGCCGAAAGAAAGUAAGAAAGAAUCUGCCGAUACUGAAUCUACAGUGGAUGAAAAACCACCUAAAGAUGAGGAAGGCGUUGAAGAAAAGUCUGAUUCGAUUGCCGAAGAGGCGAAUUUUUCUUUUGAAGAUGUAAAAUCGGAAAAUAACAUCGAACAAGCUUCAGAGGCUGAUAGUAAUAUAAGUUCGCAAUCAAACGAUAUCGGUAAUGAAACUAGCUCUCCGAAAAUUAAUAAUGUCAAUUCGGAUGAAAUAAAGUCGGAGAAAAAAUCAGAUUCGCCGGCACCCUUAUCAAAUGGAGAUGUUAAGAGUCAUGGCAAAGAAAAUGAAAAAAAUAACGUUCUUAGUGACGAUUUAAUAUUUGUCAAACCUAAAGAUAAGGAUCGUGGUCAUUGCUACUGUGGCAAAGAUCGUAAUUUGAAUAUCGUCGAAUUAUUGUGCGCAAACUGUAAUCGAUGGUUUCACGAGUCAUGUAUAGGCUAUCAGUUAGGAAAAUUAGUACCAUUUAUGCUGAAUUACGUAUUUUUAUGUAAGAACUGUUCACCAAGUGGAUUGGAAAUAUUCAAGAAAAAUCAAUCGACUACUACUCAAUUAUGUGUUACUGCUAUUGGAAAUCUUAUACAAAGUAGUAUUAAAGAAGGAAAACCAAAAAAAUACUUCUCCAAAGAUAAAGAUAUCAUUCCUUUUAUCGAUUCGCAUUGGGAAGGAAUGACUACAACAGCUAGACGGGUCACUCAAUCUUGGCAUUCUACAGUGCUUAGAACGCUGACCAAAGAUUGUACCUUAUUUCGAACGUGUACGGAUUCUGUUGAAAAUACUUUUGGACUGUUCAACCACGAUGUCACUCAAAUCAAACCUAAUUACGAAGCAAUGCUCAAAGGUGGCCAUUUGAAAAUGACCGAUAUGGGAGUACAACCUGUCGGUGGUGCUGUUCAAAGACGGGGAGCAGCGAAACGAAAAGCACCCGGUGAAGGUUCGAGUAUUGGUAUUGGUAAAAGAGGCAGAGUCGAUACCGCUCCGGUGAAGUUAUCGGCUCAUGGAUAUCCUCUAGAGCAUCCUUACAACAAGGAAGGAUACAGAUAUUUCUUAGCCGAGCCCGAUCCUAAUGCUCCCUUCAGACAAGAAUUUGAUGAAUCGAGCGAGUCGGCUGGUAAACCUAUACCUGGAUGGUUGUACAGAUCGUUGUGUCCAAAUUCCGUAUUACUAGCACUACAUGAUAGAGCUCCUCAGUUACGAGUUUCCGAAGAUAGACUUUCUAUAGUCGGCGAAAAAGGAUAUUGUAUGGCUCGAGCUACGCAUUAUGUUUCUCGAGGAAUGUGGUAUUAUGAAGUAAAUGUAGACGAAAUGAAAGAUGGCAGUGCUUGUAGAAUUGGUUGGGGUCAAAGUUUUGCAAAUUUACAAACUCCCUUAGGCUUCGAUAAAUUUGGUUAUUGUUGGAGAUCUAGGAAAGGAACGAAAUUUCACGAAGCGAGAGGUAAACACUAUAGUAGUGGUUUCGGAGAAGGUGAUACAUUAGGCCUGCUUAUCUGUUUACCAGAUACCAAGUCUGGUGCGGUUAUUCCUCCUACUUUUAAAGACAGGCCUUUAGUGAAGUUCAAAAGUCAUUUGUACUACGAAGAAAAAGACAAUCUCACAGAAAUAUCUAAAAGUUUAACUCCUCUGAAAGGAAGUAAAAUAAUAUUCUUCAAGAAUGGCGAAUGUCAGGGCGAAGCAUUUCUCGAUAUUUACGAAGGGCAAUAUUACCCGACAGUUUCACUGUACAAACCUUGCGUGCUUUCGUUAAAUUUUGGACCGGAAUUUAAACAUCCUCCAUCUAAAGAUCAGUUCCAUUAUAGACCAAUGUUUGAACGAGCUGAAGAAACCAUCUGCGAGCAAACAUUAUCCGAUGUUGUAUAUUUGACUGAAAACGAAGGAAAAUUGAAGCUCGACUUAUGAUAUUCUUUUUUCUUCCAUGUAAUUUAUAUUAGGUACGAUGUUUUUGUGAGGUACGAAUUUUGUAAGUCGUAUUUAUUUUUUUUCCUUUGCGAAUAAAUUUGAGUUUUUUAUUUA